UUCCGCCACCAACGUUUAUUAUUCUUUUUCGUCCAAGUUUUCCUUAUCCCCCCAACAGAUACACUCCGUUGCCGUACGAAACUUUCUUUUUGCCUAUGUUGCCUUCUUGGUAGUUUGCUGUCGCUGCUGCUGGAACAGGGAAAUCGGGGAUGGUUUCCAAGAUACGGCGUACAGUCGCCGUUUCCACCGCAUAGUAAGAUAGUUCCACACCGUGCGCCCACUCUGUCGUGCGUGUGUGCACUUUUUGUUGCUGUGCUACCACCAGGUUGCGUGUGGCCAGGAAUAUUGUGUGCCUGCGCUGGUGAAUUGCAGCCAGGAUGAGUUUCAGUAUCGGGUCGGGCACGGGCACCAGCUGCCUGGCAGCGCUCGGCGAGAUGGAACAGAUCAUCUGCCAGCUCGAGCGGGGCACACUGAUCCAGAAGUUUUAUCCCCGCAAACGGCCGGAAAAGAAAACGCUAAUGCUGCGCCGCGAAACGCGACAGAUCAUCUGGUCCUCGGUGCAAACGAACGGACGCGGCAAUUACGAAGGAUCGCUAGAGCUGCGCGAGGUGAAGGAAGUGCGUCCGGGGAAGAAAUCGAAAGACUUUGAAAAGUGGCCCGAAGAGGCAAAGAAGAGUGAACCGCGCAAAUGUUUCGUCAUACUGCACGGCAACGAUUUCAAGCUGCGAACCGUCUCGAUCGUCGCAUUUUCCGAAAAAGAGGCCGACAUGUGGCUAAAAGGACUGAAGUAUCUGAUCUCAGACACCAUAACCUCACCGUACUGGUUGCAGAUCGAGCGGUGGCUUCGGCGCGAAUUUUACCUAAUGGAAGCGAACGGCACGGCCAGCCUGAAGGACAUUCGAUCGUUUCUGCCGAAAAUCAACUGUAAAAUAUCCACCGCCAAGCUGAACGACAUCUUCCACGAGGUGGACACCCGGCGCCGGAACGAGCUUGGGUUUGAUGAUUUUACACGGCUUUAUCAGCGGCUGAUACUACCCGCGACGGCACUGCCGGAUUAUUUCGAUGGAAUACGCAUGGCUACGUACAGCCAGGACGGGCAAACGGUUACGCUGCAGGAGUUCCGCCGGUUUCUCGCCAAAGUGCAGCAAGAGGGCGAAGGAAGCGGUGGUGGGAACGGGGACGGUGGUGCUGGUGGACAGAGCGAAGAGGUGGUAGCCAAAUUCAUCAACGAUUACAUCCAAGAUCCGGCACGUGACGUGAGCGAACCUUAUCUGCGUUUGCACGAGUUUAUCGAUUUUUUGUUUUCGCGCCAAAACGAAAUCUGGGACAAGCGGUGCGAUACGGUGUACCAGGACAUGACCCGCCCGCUCGCCCACUAUUGGAUCUCGUCUUCGCACAACACCUACCUGACGGGCGAUCAAUUCUCGAGCGAAUCUUCCGUGGAAGCGUACGCCCGAGCGCUGCGCAUGGGAUGCCGCUGCAUUGAGCUAGAUUGCUGGGACGGGCCGGACAAUAUGCCGCUCAUCUUCCAUGGCCACACGUUCACGACACGCAUCAAGUUUAUGGACGUUAUACGUACGAUCAAGGAGCACGCCUUCAUCACGUCCGAGUAUCCGCUCAUCCUGUCGAUCGAGCAGAACUGUUCGCUCACCCAGCAACGGCGGAUGGCACAGGCGAUGCAGGAAGUGUUUGGUGAGAUGCUGCUAACGCAACCGAUCGAUAAGGCGGAAACGCAGCUACCCUCACCCCAGCAGUUGAAGCGUAAAAUUAUACUGAAACACAAGAAGCUGCCCGAAAACGGGAUGCUGGUGGUGGAUGAGGUGGGCAAGGAAUCGGCCAUCCUGCUGCGUGCGAACGACGAGAGCGAGCUGGACAUCAGGAAUACCGUCAAGAACGGUAUCCUGUAUCUGGAGGAUCCCGUCGACAAGGGUUGGAAUGCACACUUUUUCGUGCUAACGCAGCACAAGCUCUUCUACACGGACAGUCAGCGACCCGAUCGGGACAAUGACGGUAGAGACGAUGAGCGCGAGGAGAAUGGUUUCGCCAACCGUACGUCCCGCGAUGGUGCUGUGCUUUCGAACGAUGAGCUUCACUUCGGGGAGAAUUGGUUCCACGGCAAGCUGUCCGGGGGGCGUGAGGAGGCCGAAAAGCUGUUGCAACAAUUUUCCCACCUGGGCGACGGUACGUUCCUGGUGCGGGAAAGCGUUACCUUCGUCGGGGACUAUUGCCUGUCCUUCUGGCGCCAGGGUAAACCGAACCACUGUCGGAUAAAGCUCAAGCAGGACAAGGGCGUCACGAAGUACUAUCUGAUGGAGAACGUGCUGUUUGAGAGUUUGUACAGCUUGAUCAUGUACUACCGGCAGAAUGCGCUUCGCAGUGCGGAAUUUUACAUCACACUGAAGGAACCGGUCCCGCAGCCGAACAAGCACGAAACGAAGGAAUGGUACCACCACACGACCACCCGCGAACAGUCCGAGAUUGUGCUCAACCAGAUCCCGCAGGACGGUGCCUUCCUGGUGCGGCCCAGUGAUAAGGGACCGAAAGCGUUCGUCAUUUCCUUCCGGGCGCACGGCAAAUUCAAACACUGCCGCAUACGGGUGGAAGGCCGGCUGUACGAGAUGGGUGGGAUGGAGUUUGAAAGUCUGGUGGAUCUGGUCAAUUUCUACUCGAAACAUCCGCUCUACCGGAAGGUGACGCUAACGUAUCCGAUCCCGCGGGAAAUGAUUCGGCGGAUCAACACGAUGGAUGUUCCAGAAGAAAGUGGCGCGUACGGCUAUAUGGACCCGGCAACGGUUAUCAACGAGAACGUAACGGUGAAAGCGCUGUACGACUAUAAAGCCCAGCGGGACGAUGAGCUGUCGUUCUGCAAGCACGCAAUCAUUACCAACGUGGCGAAGAAGGGCAACGACUGGUGGUUGGGUGAUUACGGUGGCAAACGGCAACACUACUUCCCGGCCAACUACGUGCAGGAGCUGAGCGCCAUGGACGAUGGCACGCUGGUGGACGAAGGCGCUAAUGAGCCGUUGAUGCUGGGAAGCUUGCAGAAAGGUUCCUUAGACGUGCACGGCGCGGUGGUCGAGAUGGCGUACAGCAACCAUCCGGACAUCGAGCGCAUCCUGCGCAUCCAGAACCCAACCAUGCAGAACGUGUUCGAGGUCGGCGUACAGACGAAGGAGCUAGCGUACGAGUGGAUGUGUGCCAUCAAGGAGGCGGCCCAAAAUGCGAGCGCCAUGGAGAACGAACGGCGCAAGAUGGAGCGCAAUUCGCGCGUCGCGAAAGAAAUGUCCGAUCUCAUCAUCUACUGUCGCAGCGUACCGUUCAAGCAUCAUCCCGCCUCGUGGGUGUUUUACGAAAUGUCCAGCUUCCCGGAAACGAAGGCGGAGAAAUACUUUCUGCAGCCGGAAACGCGCCCACUGUUCGUGCGCUACCACCGGAACCAUCUGAGCCGGGUGUAUCCGAAGGGUCAGCGGCUCGAUUCGUCCAACUACCAUCCGACGGCACUGUGGAACUGUGGGUCGCAGAUGAUUGCGCUCAACUUCCAAACGCCGGACAAACCGAUGCAGCUGAAUCAGGCCAAAUUUAGGGACAAUGGGGGCUGCGGCUACCUGCUGAAGCCGGAGUUUAUGUUCCGGGACGAGUUUGACCCGACCGAUCCGAACACGCUCGUGGGGGUGAACCAGAUGGUUGUGAAUGUGCGCAUCAUCGGUGGCCGGAAUCUGUGCAAGGUGAGCCGCAACAUUACCAGCCCGCUGGUGGAGGUGGAAGUGUUGGGCGCACCGUUUGACGGUGGCAUCAAGCAUCGUACCAGAGCCAUAGCGGACAACGGGUUGAACCCGAUCUGGAACGAAAUCUGCGAAUUUCGGAUAUGGAAUCCGCACCUCGCGAUGAUCCGGUUCGAGGUGCAGGACGAGGACAUGUUCGGGGAGCCGAACUUUAUCGGCCAGGCCGUAUUUCCGGUCGGUGCCAUCCGGACCGGCUAUCGCAGUAUCGUACUGCGCAACAAGUACAGCGAAGAGCUCGAGCUGGCCACGCUGCUGGUGCACACGAGAAUUCGAUCAGCGCAGGCGGAGUAGUGAAUUGGGCGGCGGCCGUUUCGCUCUCUUUUCUUUGUUUUGCUUUUAACUUUCCUUUUUCGCUUUCCAGAAGUGUCUUAUGCGUAAACGGAUGUGAAGAAACCACUUUUUAUAAUCCAACACGGUAACAGUAUUGAGCGAGCGAAUGGGAAUCGAUAGGGAACGAAGCAAGAAGAAAAACAAAAAACCAAGGUGUCGUCGUAUGUGUACAAUACACGCGAAGCGCGUAACAAUCUAAUGUGCCUCUACUAUAUAUUAUUAUACAUGGUUAAAGUAUAUACACACAUGUGUUAUGGAAGGUAUAUAACCUAUAUACAAAACGGACAAACAAAAACGAAGGUUAAACGAUCAUAAAAUGUUCGCCUAAAUACACCCACGAAGGAACAAAUAGGGUAGCAACUACACAAAACGGGUAGCGCACAAGGGUUAACACACGACUCUACAACACAGAAGCCUGCACACAAUCUUCACGGGGUUGUCGGUUGCAAAAGGAACAAAAAAAAAAAAAAACCAGUGAGCUUAUAGUGCAUUAAUCGGGGGGAGGUGGGAGGGCCAUAGAGUGUGCUGGAAGGGACGCGACGGGUCUAUACUAUACUAUACAUGUGUAUGUGUGGUAUGUACAAUGAAAGCAAUAAAUUAUGAUCGGUUUUCGGUUGGUGCAAACAGUGCAAUAACAAA